AAGAGGAAUUUAAGUCACUGGCAGUCGUGCAUAAAAUCACCUACCAACUGGCGGCGCUGGGGAUCAUCAUCGGUCAACUUCUCGUCCACUUGGCUCCCCUCACCACACAUACUUUUUUUUUUCUUCAGCUCUUCUCAGCCCAGCUUCCCUCCUCUCCCCUCGACUCAAUCUUUCUCAAUAAUAUUCUGAUUACUCUCAUAUUCUCCUCUCCCGGCCCCCGACUCCUACUCGGCCUUCGGACUCGGUUCUAACAGGGAACAGCAAGAAACCUCAAGAGAAUCUCCGCUCCCGCCGCCCGGGAAACUUUUUUUUCCACUCAUAAAAUUCCCUGAAAACCUGCCCUUUUGGCAACCACCACCGAAUAAAGAAUCCAGGCACCUGUUGCUGCCACUGUUCGGUUGCCGUCACCUCUCCGCUCUUCCCGGUCGCCUUCCUUUUUCCCUUUUUUCUUCAGUGUCCCCGGCUACAGAGCUUUCAUAGCUCUCCAUGGCAGCCCCAGAUCAGGUUCCCGGGGAGGAAUACGACUAUGAAGCCCUCCCCUCGAACUACGGCCUCGGCCGGAAUAUGCUCGCCGGUGCUUUUGCAGGGAUAGCGGAACACGCUGUUAUGUAUCCGGUGGAUUUGUUGAAGACUCGCAUGCAAAUCAUACAUCCUUCAGGAGGAGCCCUUUAUACCGGUCUGACAAAUGCGGUCUCGACAAUUUACCGGAUCGAGGGCUGGAGGACACUAUGGAAGGGUGUUUCGAGUGUGAUUGUUGGUGCUGGACCGGCCCACGCGGUGUACUUUGGCACAUAUGAGCUGGUCAAGGAAUUCGCAGGUGGGAAUGUGGACGAAGGGCAUCAUCCGCUGGCGGCUGCUCUGAGUGGUGCAUCUGCGACCAUUGCCAGUGACGCAUUGAUGAACCCUUUUGAUGUGAUCAAGCAGCGCAUGCAGGUUCAUGGCUCAGUGCACAAGACCCUCGCCCAAUGUGCGCGGUCUGUCUACCGCACAGAAGGUCUCCAGGCUUUCUACGUCUCCUACCCUACCACCCUUUGCAUGACCGUCCCCUUCACCGCCACCCAAUUCGUCGCAUAUGAGUCGCUUUCCAAGGUCAUGAACCCGUCGCAGGAAUACGACCCCUUCACCCAUUGUAUCGCCGGUGGUUUGGCCGGCGCUUUUGCGGCCGGUCUCACCACCCCUCUGGACGUCGUGAAGACGCUCCUCCAGACCCGUGGCUUGGCACAAAACGAAGAGGUACGGUCGGCCAAGGGGUUGAUUAAUGCUGCGUCUAUUAUUAAGCGACAGUUUGGCUGGGGUGGGUUCCUGCGUGGUGCGAGGCCGCGGAUUAUUUCUACGAUGCCCAGUACGGCGAUUUGCUGGACAUCGUAUGAAAUGGCCAAGGCGUACUUCAAGGGCCAGGAAAAUGUAUAAGGAUGCUCCCUAACAUCCCUCAACGAACCCGAUU